AUUUCAUGAAAGUCAAGUGCUGCUAUUCUACAUGCCCAUUCCAUUCCCUUGUCGAAACAGAACAAGAGUUUCAUGCGUGCAUGUUUCUUUCCUUUCCCUGUUCUUAGCUUCUGCACCAGUUGUUCGCCAAAAAUAAACACCAUUCCACAACCAUAUAUGUGCAACAGCCUUCUGGUGAUUCUGAGUCCCCUCCAGCACUGCCGUUAUUCCACAAGGCCAGGAGACCGUCUUCUUUCUAACACGCUCUGACGGGCUAUGCAUAUAACCCAGCUGAACCGGGAAUGCCUUUUACAUCUAUUUUCUUUUCUGGACAAAAAUAGUAGGAAAAGUUUAGCAAAAACAUGUCACAAGUUGCUAGAAGUGUUUCAGGAUCCUUUACUGUGGUCUUUGUUGAACUUUCAUUCUCCAGCGGAACUAAAGAAGGAUAAUUUUCUCCUGGGACCUGCUUUAAAAUACUUAUCCAUCUGCUGGUAUUCUGAGAGAGUCAAGGUGUGUAACAUUGAGGACUGGAUGAAAAACAAUUUCCAGAAAGACUUCUGUAACAGGCAUGAAAACACUGUCAAUGAUUUUUUACUAGAAGUUUGCAACAGGUGUCCAAACCUGCUAUCUCUGACCCUCUCUGGAUGCGGCCAUGUUACAGAUGAUUGCAUCUCGCUUCUUCUCAAGAACUGCCCAAACCUCAAGACACUCCAACUGGAAAACUGUGUGCGGAUCACUGACCAGACACUAGAAGCAGUGACCCUCUAUGGGGGAUCACUGCAAACGCUCCACGUGGAUUUCUGCCGGAACAUAACACGAAAUGGUCUAGAGAGAGUCAGGGAAAAAUGUCCCUCCGUAAUGCUGAAAGCAGAGAGAAGUGCUAACAUGAUUCCAGACAAUAAGCCAGAAAAAAAGUUUAUGCUUGAAAAGGCACCAAGAAAAUUGUUUCAGCUUUAAGCGCAACAAAUUGUAUAAACUCAGUCAAUGUGUAUAUUUUACUUCACUUCCACUCUCCUCGUGGGUAGCAUUGCUUCAAUGAACCGUGGCUACUUUCCUGCGUUCUGGUUUAACUCCAAACAAAUGGUUGAUAGGUUUUGUAAAGGCUGCACUGGGAAAAGGCAUGCAUCUCCACCAGGACAGUCUUAAGGAAAAAAACUUGUUUGCUUUCUGUUGUUCCUUGAAACUGGAAAACCCUGCAUUGUUGUCACAAAACGCUAGACCUGAUUAAGGCUGAAAAGUGCAAUUUUGAUAGCCUCUUGUCGCGGAUGAGUGGAAUGCACCUCACUCAGAAGAGAGAAGCAGCAACAUGUUUUAUUGAGGUAAAAUAAUAAUUUGACAGAGUUCAAUAAAUUCGAUGGAAUUUAACAAAGUUUAACAGUGGUUUGACAAGGUUCAAUACGUUUGAUGGCAAGGUUCACCUUAUUAAUUACUGCAUGGAAGCGACAUACAAAGGAAAAUUGAGUUAGAAUCGAGUUAGAAUGAUUCCCACAGAGACCGGAGGCGCAAAGAGUAAAGAAGACCCUCCCGUUGAGUCACAAGGUUCAGAGUGGACCCCCUUGCUUUCUAAACUCCUCAUGGAGCCUAGGUACGGCUGGAUCCAAUCUUAGUCUCAGACUUGGUCAACGGUUUAUGUCUAAUGGAAGAGAUACAAAGAGUAAGGAGGACCCUCCCGUCGAGUCACGAGGUUCAGAGUAGACCCCCUUGCUUUCUAAACUCCUUAUGUAAUGGGAACGGGCAUAAAGCCGCAGCAGAUAGAGCUUGGGUAAUUGUCUGAUUUACACAAAUUUCAGGGAAAGAGUGGUUAACAAAUUUCUGUUAAAGGAUAUAUCCAUAUGGUCAUUCCAUCCGCUAAGGGUGAUAACCACACCAUGUAAGAUCUUUCUAGCAAAAGCAGAGUACCUGACAACCAUCACUUCCUCGGUGAUUAAUGUUUGUAGCUGAUUUGUCAGGCUUAUUUAUUAAAUGAAGGAUGCGUGGCAAUGCGCGCAAAACAGUUCAACCCUUUGCAUAAUGUACUUUGACAAGAUACACCAAGUUAUUUGUUAAAGUUGACAUUAAAGGAAGCACAAUAUGAACAAAUGCUAGUUUACACCACUAACCUACAGGAAAAGACAGUGCCUUACAACCUGUAGCUUUAAAUGCUAAAUUAGGAACACACUACAGUACAGAGCUAUAUAAACACCUGUUUCUCACUGCAAAGUACAAACCAAAUAGCUAUUUUCAUCCCAAACCACAAGGCUAUCACUUUCCUGCAUGCUGCUCUGCUACAUGGAAGUGAAACUUUUUUUUUUUUUAAAUGAAGGGUUGCUAUGGCAUCAUCUACAAAAAUUGACACCAAAGGUUGGCACAGUUUUACUCUGCUGUAUAAAAUUUGCCUUGAUACAACACAUUGGGAUUUGCUCGUGGUACUGAGUACUCGGGACUGGUAACACCACGUUCCAAGACUCUUCACGCACUUACAGAUUUUUGCCUGAGGAAAGGUAAACAUUUCUGAGUGCCGCCUUACUGUGUCAACUGUAGUGCAGUUACCUGUCAAAAGUUUUACUUGUUGAGUCUGUCUCAGUACAGCAAUACAGAAAAACCAUUGUGGUCAUCUAGCUUGAAUUAUUCAGGUUUUUGUUUGAACUACAGCAUGCUUUUUUAAAAAGCACCCUGUGCUUUACUCUAUGUGGGAGCAUGUCUUUAAAUUCUGCUUUCCAUUAUUUUCCAUUUUGUUCAGCAAUUCUGACAUGAAUUCAGAAUUCUGAGCCCUAGAGAGCACACUGUUAAUAUAUAAUCCUGCCCAUUCUUGCUGACUCUGCAGCUGAACUCGUAUUUACCUUAAAUCUCUUUCCCAUUCAAUACAAUCCACUGAAGAACUUUAUGCUUACAAAGGAUGACAGAUGGUUAAAUCUGGCUAUCGGUAUCUUGGUUUCCCCUAGAGGACCAGAUGUCAGUUUAGCUUAGACGUCAAACAGAAGGCUGCACACAGACCAGUUUGACAAACUCUAUGGAUCCUGAAUAGUUCCAGCUUAAAUCACAAUGAAGUCUAGAGCAGUUAAGAUUUCAUUUUAAAUUAAAACCUUACACAGAAUAGGAAUACCUGAGCGCGUGACCUUAAAAUCAAAGCAAAUCGAGAAACACUAGCUUUUGGAAAUACUGUUCUGUCCCAUAAAGAGAGUCAACAUUUCUGGUCCAUUACAUAACAAUUACUCAAGACUUCGUCACUACAGCAAUCUAUGUGCAUAUACCACAGUAAGCCUGUUUCUCAUUUACAUGAGGGGCUCUGCAAUUGCUGAUAAUUAAUCCUACUGCACUGGUAACAGAACACUGAUGAAAUUUGCUAGUUAAAAAACACAUGAACUGGAACUUGCAGCACUGGAAUUCAAGUAUAUCAAGACUAUCGUGGCUUAAAAUAAUCUGAUAGCUUUCCUGCAUUUUAACAGUUGUAUCUACAGGUAUAGCUUUGCAGACUUACUACUUGUCUGCAUUUUAAUCUUCUAUAUAACUGGAAGACUACAAGAGCUAGCUUUUCCUCCAGUGAACAGAAUUUGUGACUUCUUAAAUUGCUAUUAACAAAUUAUUAAAGGUUGUCACAAAUACCUAACAUGAUACAUGUCUUUCUUUAAACUUAGAGAACAGCAUGACUGUAGUACCUCUCUAAAACAAAAAGAAUGUGUGAAAAACUACUAUUGAAGUAAAGCAGACUUUUCCCCCCUGUAGAAAAAAGUUCUGAAGUUAGGCCUCAAUUACUUAGGAAUAACUGGUUUGAUUUUCCAAUUUCUCACUGUAUUCUUUUUACAAUACUGUUGCUCCUUUUAUUAAAGCUAUGUGGAGAAAAUGCUUGGGGUGUC